AUGAAGACUUACCAGUGUACACAGUGUGAGAAGGUAUUCACUCAUCGUGGAAAUAUGAGGAAGCACUUGUUAGUGCAUUCAGGUGAGAAACCACAUGAGUGUCUCGAGUGUGGGAAGAAAUUCAGUCGUCUUGAACAUGUGAAGAAGCACAUGUCAGUGCAUUCAGGUCAUAAACCUCAUGAGUGUCCAGAGUGUGGGAAGAGAUUCAAACUGCUUGAAAAUGUGAAGAAACACAUGUUAGUGCAUUCAGGUCACAAACCCCAUGAGUGUCCAGAGUGUGGGAAGAGAUUCACUCAGUUUGCAAAUAAAGAGAGACACAGGAUGAUGCAUUCAGAUAAAACAUAUUUUGAAUGUGCUGAGUGUGGCAAAAAAUUUAAAGAACGUCGAACUAUAAUACGCCACAUGUUGGUGCAUUCAGGUGUAAAGCCUCACGAGUGUCCAGAGUGUGAGAAGAGAUUCGGUCUGCUUCAACAUCUGAAGAAACACAGGCUGGUGCAUACGGGAGAAAGACCUUUUGAAUGUGCUGAGUGUGGCAAAAAAUUUAGAGACCGUGAAACUAUUAUACAUCACAUUUGGACGUCCUUCAGAGACUCACUGACAAUCACAUUAGCAUUUUCUGUCAAUUAUAUCAAAAAGAGAUUUAUUUCUGGUCUGGUGCUCAUGGAUUCUGUUACAUCUAUCAAGUGUGGGGAAUUCUGA